GAACAAUCCAGCCAAUCAAACGAUAAGAUAAAUACAGACGUAUAGUGGCUUAUAUAGCGAUUGCAUAGGUCGUCUGAUAUCAAUUCAAGACAACGAAUUACUCUACACCGUGUUUUACAGCGGAGAAGAUGGCGAAACUAAAGAAGCUUUUGUGUUAUAUUGAAGUAAUAACUCUCGUCCUAAUAGUGGCUAUGUUAAUACAUAUGCAAAUAGUUGGGAAAGUGGUCUGGAUUCAAAUCCAUAACAAUGGACAUGACACAGCCGAACACGACUACCUGGUAUCCUCACAAUCGGACACUGACAUCUGGCUCGCAAAUCUGCAAAACAGGCCCGAGACUGAAACUAAAGCAAGGGGGGCAGUACCAAAGGAUAAGAAGAUACCUGUACGGUUAGAAACACAGACUCGGAAUGACUGGUUACGAAAAUUCCGCCUAGAUACCCCAUCUUUACCAAUAACCAACAAAGUAGGCCCAAGUAACGACCAAGGUGAUAAUAUCAGCGAUUUGUCACAAAAUAGGGUCCCUAACCUUUCGAAUGACAUUAAGGAGCAUAAAGGUAGUAUUUCAAAGAAACCAUUGUCUAACACGAAAGUAAUCAAACACAAAUACAAGACAAUAGUUGUGUUAAAUAGGCAUAUGUGGUUUCUCCGCGGUGCCAAUCCGGGACACGGUUACUUUAGUCGUUGUGAAUAUAAAAUGUGCGAAUUGUCUUUUGAUGAAAAAGAGAUCAAAUCCAGCGCCGCUAUAAUGUUUUACGGAGUAAGUUAUCCGUCGAAACCGCCGCCAGCACGGAAUAAUCCAGACCAAGUGUGGAUUCUUGCUGCAUGGGAAUCGCCAAUUUACAUGUAUGGUGCUUCCUGGGAAAACGAAGUUUGGACAAAUAAAAUAAAUUGGACUAUGACGUAUCGGAUAGACUCUGACAUACCUACACCUGGUGGAGAAGUGGUGGAGGAUAAACGUAAAAUACGGAAUUAUGAUGUCAUAAUGAAGAAGAAAACUAAAUUAAUUGCAUGGGUAGUUAGUCAUUGCAGAACCCAAAGUAAAAGGGAAGCUUAUGUCAAACACCUGGAAAAAGUUGUGCCUGUUGAUAUUUUUGGUAGAUGUGGAACGUCUAAACCUACUGAUGUAUUUGAACUUUUAAACACAACGUACAAAUUCUAUUUGUCAUUCGAAAAUUCCCUUUGUAAGGAUUAUAUUACCGAGAAACUAUUCGAUCGUCAAAAUCUAGAUAUCGUGCCCAUAGUGCGUGGAAUUGGGAAUUACACUCAGUUUUAUCCAAAAGCAUCUUACAUAGAUACGAGAGAUUUUAAAUCAGUUGAAGAGCUCGGUAAAUAUUUGCAGUAUUUAGACAGAAACAAUACUGCUUAUGUACAAUACUUGAAAGCGAAGGAACAUCUUUACACACGCAGUAUGUAUUCGGUAAGACAGAAGGGUUAUUGCACUAUGUGUAAAAAGCUUCACAAUUUAGAUCAAAAUAGACACAGUUAUCCAGACAUAAAUCAGUGGCUACUCAAAGAUAAAUGUGUGAAGCCUACAGAUAUUUAAGCACUUUUCUAACAUUCCAGGGGACUAACCGUAACUUGUUUGCAUAAUUUGAGACCAACAUUGAUGAAACCAAUAGACAAAACUAAUUUCACUGUGUAUAUAAUGUUUAAUUAUAUGUGGCUGUUCCCCCUACAUUCCAUGACUCUAAAUCAAUCUGGUUUUCAUAAUUUCAGAUCAGUAUUGAUGAAGCAGUUUUAUGAAAAAUGAAAACAUGAUUACCGUGUUUAUAGUGGGCAAUAAGGUGGGAAUUUCCCUCAUCAUGUAUAUAAUAAUAAAUUGUUACUUUUUGUACUUUUUUUGUGUGUAUUAAUUUAGGUGUUCCCCUGUGUUAGACACCCUAUUAUUACAUUGCAAUGCCCUUUUAUGUUUGAUCAUAAUAAAGAUGAUAAUGAAAUGCAUAUCAAUAUUUUCCAUUUAUGCACUCAGGUGAUAUAGUACGUACACAUGAGCUGUAUUUCCAAUUAUACGCUGACGAUACUAAU